UGCGUUGCGUUGUGUUGCGUUGUGUUGCGUUGCGUUGGGGGAGGCCGCCUGUCAUCUCACCACCGGGGUGGGGUGACACCGGGCCCAGCGCCCAGGCAGGGACGCACGAUGGGAUCCCGCGUGUCCGUGGACGAUUCCGUGCGGGUGGUGGUGGUGGGGGCAGGUUUCGGAGGCACGGCGGCUGCCAGCCUGCUCAAGUCCUGGGCCAUCCCCUUCGUGCUGGUGGAUGGGAGAGAUGCUUUCCAUCACAACGUCGCUGCCCUCCGUGCCGCCGUGGAGAGCGGAUUUGCCAAGAAGACUUUCAUCUCCUACUCUGUCACCUUUGGGGACAGCUUCCGACAAGGCAAGGUUGUCAGCAUAGACCCCGAGAGGCAACAAGUCUUGCUCAGUGAUGGUGAGGAGCUUCACUACUCCCAUCUCAUUCUUGCAACGGGCAGUGAUGGGCCAUUCCCUGGGAAGUUCAACAAAGUCAUCGACAUGGAAAGUGCCAUCCAGGCCUACGAAGAUAUGGUUAAGGAGAUUGAGAAAUCUGAGCGCAUCCUGGUAGUGGGAGGUGGUGCUGCUGGCGUUGAGAUGGCUGCAGAGAUCAAAACGGAGUACCCAGCCAAAGAGGUCAUCCUCAUUCACUCAAAAAUUGCACUAGCGGAUGCGGAGCUGCUAGAUAGCGUCCGUCAGGAGGUGAAAAAGAUUCUCCUCAGAAAAGGAGUGCGCCUCCUAUUAAGUGAAAGGGUCAGCAACAUGCAAAACCUCACGCCAAACCGGUUCCAGAAGGACACGGUAGUAAGGACAGAAAAGGGCACCGAAGUGGUCACUGACAUGGUGAUCCUGUGCACAGGGAUAAAGAUUAACUCUUCAGCAUAUGCUGCUGCAUUUGGGGACAAAAUGGCAAGUAACGGUGCUCUGAAAGUGAACAAGCACCUCCAGCUGGAAGGCUAUGAGAACAUCUAUGCCAUUGGGGACUGUGCAGAUGUGAAGGAACCCAAGAUGGCCUACCACGCCGGGCUCCACGCCAACGUCGCUGUGACAAAUAUCAUCAACAGCCUGACACAUAAGCCUCUUAAAACCUACGAACCAGGGUCACUAACAUUCCUGCUCUCAAUGGGCAGGAACGAUGGCGUAGGCCAGGUGAACGGUUACUACGUGGGACGUCUCUUGGUGACCAUUGCUAAGAGCCGGGACCUGUUUGUCUCCAAGAGCUGGAAGACAAUGGGACAGACAAUGCCCUCUUAAGAGAGGAUCAGUAACAAACCAGCAAGAAUACAGCAACUGGGAGGGGAUCUGGAAUCUGCUCUGCAGCGUGCAGGAAGAAUGGCUCAGAGCACUGCCUGGGGAAAGCUUGCCAAAACCCUUGAAAAGGCUAUGGUAAUCCUGGAACUCGACAGAAUAUAAUGCAGCUUUGUGGCAUCUCCACAGCAGCUUUAAUUAUGUCACUUACAGCACUGUACUUCAGCCACAAGAGCUGGUUAGUUGUGUGCUAAGUGUGAUACAGCAAGCACUUCAUUACAGGUGCUGCUGC